UGAUAAGCUAUUCUCAGUUAUUGUACUAGUAGUAAAUCAACAAUGGCGGCAAACACACAAUUUGCAAUAAUUCCAGAUAGUAUAUUAAAUGAUUCACAAUGUAGCGUCUGCUACAAAUAUUUGAGUGUUCUUCCAGUAAAAAUAUAUCCAAAUUCAAAAAUAAAAUGUGGAAGGUGUUCCGAAAUUGAUGAUAAUUGUACAAAAUCAAUUUACAACAUUAUUGCAGACAAGGUAUUGUUUAAAUGUAUUAAUAGAUUUGAUGGAUGUAGACGAAUUUUACAUACUUCGGAAGUAAGAGAACAUGAAAUGAAAUGUCAAACUAGUACCACCGAUUGUCCAGUUUGUUUAGACAAAAAUAAAAUUAAAGAAAUUCCUGUGUACCAGAUGAUAAUCCAUUUUAAAAAGUUCCACGUGGCUCACUAUAUGAAGAACCCAUAUUUCAAAAUUUACAGACAUGAAACUAAUAAGACAUUUUUAUAUCAAAAAGAUGAAGAGUUGUUUUUUAUAUCAUACAUCUGUCUGGAAAAUGGUGAUAUAUUUUUGACGGGAUCUCCUGUGACUCAAUACCACGAACAAAAAAAUAUGAGUUUUUAUCUUGUAACUGAUUCAUAUUCACUAGAAGCUAAACAAUUAUUACAUUUAUCAAGCGAAAGAUAUACAUUUAAAAUCUGUAAAACAUAUACAGUAGGAAUGCAAAAUGUUUGUGUUAAAGUGGAAAUUGAAAUGUCUCCUACUGUCUGGAUCACAAAGGAUCAGCUCGUUGCUGACUCAGCGGAAGCAGAAGAAGUGAAAACAAUUUUAGCUAAAUUCAAUAAAACAUUUCCACGUAAAAUUUCAAUCCGGAAACCAAUUUUUAUUGAUACAGUUUUCUCGCUAGGCCCAAACAAACGUUAUAUAAUAAAAAAAUACGGAGGAAAAAGUUACAAUAUUUUUCUUGACUGUCUUUCUUGUUUAAAUGUAACUUUAACACCAACUGAUUUAUUUGAUGGAUUUUUCAUCAAAAUUGGCAAAUACUUUUUUAACAUAUGCAAUAGCUGCCUGCAAUAUCAAUUACCGAAUAACGAAAUAAUGUUUGUGCCGUUCAGUUCAGUUUUAAAUAGUCCGGAUAUGUUUAUCUUUGAAAUUCAUGAAAAAAUGUUACAUUUAGAAACAUUGCCAAUACAUCCAACAUGGACUAUAUGUCCUAUAAAUGACUGUAACUAUUUUUGUGCUAAACUAGACGUUGUAGACCAUAUACAAACAAAUCACAAACUUAUGCAAUUGAAUAAUUUUGCGUCAUAUAUUUCAAAUUGUUUGAGGUAAAGUAAAGAGCAAAAUGUGUUUUAAAUUACCUUAUAUUUUGAUGUAUUAAAUGCAGUUAUAUAGUAAAGUAAAUAUAAAUUAAACAUUAAUAAAUUAUUUUAGUAUGUAAAACUUACUAAUACAUGGAUCUUUAGCAGUAUUCUGUCACAUCAUUAUCUAAUAACACAGUUUGUUGAAUCCCCAUCAUUUUAAAGUUUUAUUUGUUAUAUCUAUGAGGAAUUUAAUAAACAAUUUCGUCUAAUCACG